UGUUCAAUGAUUGCAAUCACUAAAUUAGUGAUGGCAAAUGCGGACGACGUCGACAUAAUGGUGAACUAUCGCGGAGAUAUGUUGCGAAACGACAAAAAGAUCAGCCGCUACCCCUAUUGUGUUGUCUGGACCCCCAUUCCUAUUUUAUCGUGGGUGCUGCCUUUCAUUGGUCAUAUGGGAAUAUGCACCUCUUCGGGAAUCAUAAGAGAUUUUGCAGGAUCUUACUUUGUUUCGGAGGACAACAUGGGCUUCGGGAGACCAACAAAGUAUUGGAAGCUUGACGUGGACAAAGUUUGUGGCAACGGUGCUGUGACUUGGGACAAAGCAGUGCAUGAUGCAUCUGAGGAAUACAAAUGCAGGCCGCAUAACCUGUGUUUUGAUAACUGCCAUUCCCACGUCGCCAUGGCACUCAACCUUAUGCGCUAUGACAACAGCACCUCCUGGAACAUGGUCAACUUGUGUGUUCGGUCUCUCAUUUAUGGCAAAUAUGUGAGCUGGGCCGCGCUCAUCAAGACCUGGCUGCCCUUCGUCAUGCUCUGCGGAGUCUUCGCCAUUUUUGUUAUAACGUUCAACCUUCCGUAA